AUGGCAACAGCAGGGCCCUCACGAUCAAGGCUCCCGAUCCACACUCGAAACCCCGAACCCUCAAAUUCAACUGCGGGCUAUGAAGUCAACGAUGACUUACUAAUAGCCUUAACGCUCCAACUUGAAGAGCUCGAUAUCGAAGUCGAUAAUCGUAAGGGCAAGGAAAAAGCAGGUAAAAUGGCUGAUCGUCAUGCAGCCCUACAAGACUACAAAGACAUCCUUCUAUCCAUGUCUCAAUUCCACGCAGACCAACGCAUGGCAAAAAGUAUCGCGGACGCUGUUCUCCAGGAUUCCACCACAAUCGCCGAAUUCCAAGCCCUUGAAGCUAUCGCUGUUAGAGACCGAGAACAAGCGCUAAGAAUGGCAAACACUAUGGACGCUACUCCGCAAACCGCACCUCGAUCUACUGCUGCUGCCACGUCUUCCCGGUCUCGCGCUUUGGUCAUGAGAGGUGGUGACGAUUAUAGUAAUUAUGACUUGGAAUCGGUGGCGGGGUCUACGGAGUAUGGAGAUCAAACAACACUAUACAGCGAAUAUGACGAUGACGAUGAGUUCGAAAGUAACGCUGGAACAAUGCCAACAUAUAGACGUCCGUACGUGCGGGAGAGUAGUAUGAAGUAUUAUAAUGCCGGACCGAGAGUUCAAUGCAGCAUCUGUUCCGACAACGUACUACAAGACCAAUCUACAAAAUGCAACCCCUGCAAUCAUAUCUAUUGUCGAAACUGUUUACGGACCUACGUUUUCAGAGCUAUGAAAGAUGAAUCACUCUAUCCUCUUAAGUGCUGCAAGGUCGAAAUUCCUGGAAACGUUAUUGCGAGGAUCCUAUCGGCUGCGGAAUAUGAACAAUAUCAAGAAGCAGCGGUAGAAUAUUCAAGUUCAGAUAGAAUGUACUGUCCGAACAAAAAGUGUUUGCAGUUCAUUCCGCCAGAGUCAGUCAACAAAGCCAGUAACUUCGCCUUUUGUAAGCAUUGUUCGACAGUCGCUUGCACAAAAUGUAAAGAAAAAUGGCACGCGGGCGCUUGCAAAGUUGACCAUGAGCUGCAAGCAGUGAUAAAUACUGCUGGGCAGCAAGGAUGGAAACAGUGUUUCAAGUGUAAAAGAAUGGUCGAGCUGAGGAGUGGGUGUCAUCAUAUAACAUGCCACUGUAAAGCAGAAUUCUGUUACAUUUGUGGGGUAGAGUGGAAGAAAUGUCCAUGCCCGGUUUUUGAAGAACGACGACUUUACGAAGAUGCCGCAGCCCGAGUAGAUCAAGCCGCCGUGCGACCGCUCGCACCAAGAUUCCGAAUGAAUAUGAUUAAUCAAGUUCAACAGCAAAUUAUUAACAACAAUGGCGCCUGCCAACAUCCCGGAGGCUUUGUGAGGGAAUCAGAACCGAAGCCAUUUGGCCACAGGUGUGAAAUUUGUGAUGUUAGACAUUGGAAGUAUAUUCUAGCUUGUCGUAGCUGUGGGAUCGAGAUAUGCGAGGAGUGUAGAAGGUUUAGGGCAUAG